GUUAACAACGUCCGCUUGCUUUGCAAAAUAAAAAAGUAAAAAAAAAAGCAUUGAUAACAAAGAAAAAAAUACAAUAAUGGUGACCGCAACAAGUAGAGAAAUUACGAAGUACACUCUAAACGAUCACGACGUAAACAAUAAAUUCUGAUGAAAUGGCAUGAAAAGUAUUAGUUAAAAAGCGAGCGUCAUUCUUUUCACUUCACAUAAUUAAAACGAUUUUUUAUAACUGCAACCACAAUGUUUCAAGCUUUAAAGAAUAAAUUUUUCUCUACAAACCCCAUCAAUGAAUACGAAGAGGCAGAAUUAAAGCAAGUGUGGCCGAAGAGAGAUACCGGUUUUGUGCUAACAACUUUUGGCAAAGAAUUACUGCAUCAAUGCAGUAUUGUACCGAAGCCAGAUGCAAGUGGAAUAAGUAUUGAAAGUUUUAUGAAAAUAUCAUCAGAAUUCCCGCUAAAGUUCGGCACCGACAAUUGUCGUGUUAUGAGUCAGCCAAAGGCGCGUUAUCCAGAAAUUAUCAAACAAAUCGCUUCCACUUAUCCAGUGAUACAUGAACGUGUACUCAGCUUAUAUUUGGCAUUUUUGGAGCACAAAUUGAAAUUCGGCACCCCAAUUGAGCGCGCCUUAUAUGAUGGCAUGACACUUCCAGAUCUUGUGCAACGGCUAUUAGAGAAACGUUGUGUCUCAUUCGUAGGCCCAUUGGAUCAUUACCUAUUGAUUAAUGGUAAAACAGGAUUAGGCAAAUUCUAUGAUGUGGGCACAGAGCAAGAGGAAGCACCAUUUCUGUUGAAAGACGUACUGAGCUAUGAUGAAAUGAAGCUCUCUGCAUUUCUCUCCAUUUCAUCGUAUACAGAAUUUCUAAACGAUGGCAAUCGUCGUAAUGCUGGCAUUAUAGAAAAUGAUAAAUCAAAAAUCGAAACUGUCGGUGUGAUUAUCGGUAUAAUUGGCGCACGCUUUCAGGCACGUGAAGUCAUGGACUGGCAGGAUAUAAUUAUUGCCGAAAAACAGAAUAUAAAAGAACGUGGCUAUGGCUUUACAAUGUUGGAAGCUAAAGAUACUCAGAGUCGUGAUAUUGAUUAUCGUUCUAUGUGGACGCGCUUCUAUGAACAACAAGAUUUAUUAUAUGAAAAUAUGCGUGCACAAGAUUCACCACGUUUCUACAAUAUACCAAACACAAAAUUUUAUUUUGAUAAUCUCAUGAUGAAGAAACGCAAUGCCAUAUCAUUUGAUACACUCCUGUUAGAGGCAAACACACGUGGCGCUGCCGCCGACAAACAGGUAUAUUUGCAUGUUGUUGGUAUUGGCUUGGGCGCUUGGCGUGCCGUCAUACACCAGGAUAAACUAUUUCUACAGACUUUUGGCGAACGCUUAGACGAGCUGCUGCCACGUUUAAUAAAUAUUUCUGUAGUACAUUUCUCAUAUUUCAAUAUGACUGCUUGUGGUAUACUUGAAGAUGGCGGUGUCUUGGAGUCGACAUCGCACCCGGCUGGUGGCAUUAAAAUAUUUAUUAGUAAUCGAAAUCCAGCACAAAAAUUGGAAGCCGAGUUUCAAAAUAUGCUUGUGGUUGAAUCGUAUGCCUGGGAUGGCAAUGCUUUGCCAGGCAAUGAGUUUUGGCAUGGCUCACUAACCACUUCCGGCGACCCUGCGGCUGCUUGCAGCACACUUAUCACAGAACUACACAAUCCACACAUAAACAAGUUAAUGGUAAAUGGCAAGAAUAUACAUAUUGCAUCAGAUCGUUUUGGGGUUUUACAUAUUUCAGAUUAUGCAAAAAAAGUUUUUGUUUGAAAAAAUAUACAUUUGUAUAAUAUAUGGAUGGCUUUAGUACAAAUUGUGGUUUAAUGUUGUUAUACAUAUACAUAGAUAUGUACGGAUGUAUGUAUACUGCCUUUAUGACAAUAUACACACGCAUAUUUACUUACUUCAAGAGUUAACCAAUAUUAAAUAUGUUACACACAUAUGUAGAUGUGUUUUUGGAAGCGAACUUACUUGCAA